UCCCUCUCUCCAUCCACGCCAAAGCUCUUUAGGCUACUUUGCGCAUGUACAGCCAGUCAAACCGAACAUUGCAUCGACUCCAAGAUGGCGAAAACACGUCUGGCUUGCCUCCUGACUCUCCUCUCAACUCACUGCUACUUCAACGUGUUAGCGGUGGUGCUGAGAUCAAACGACCACUCGCCGUGGACUAAUGAGUUUGACAAAAUUGAAUUGUCAUGUUUGAUUGAGUCCAUUUCCACAAAAGAGCCCAGAAUCGAAUGGAAGAAGAUAAAAAACGAGGGACCAAGUUAUGUGUACUUUGACAAGAGGGUCUCAGGUGACUUGGAGAACAGAGCGGUGAUCAGGGAACCUGCCACGUUACUGAUAACCAACGCCACAAGAUCAGAUACAGCAAAAUAUCGCUGUGAGGUCACGGCCGCUAACGACCAGAAGUCCUUUGAUGAGAUUUUGAUUGACCUUGUUGUAAGAGUAAAGCCGGUGGUGCCAAAAUGCAGUGUCCCCAAAUCAGUGCCUUUUGGGAAGUCAGCCGAGCUGAGCUGUGUGGAGGAAGAGGGCUUCCCCAAGUCUCAGUACCAGUGGUUCAAGGACAAGGAGGAGAUUCCCGAUGACCCAAAGACCAGCCUCAAGUUCUUCAACUCAACGUACACGCUCAACUCAGAAACAGGAACUCUGAAGUUCUCCGCAGUCAGAAAAGAAGAUGCAGGCGAUUACUUCUGCCGAGCAAAGAACGAUGCAGGAUACUCUGAGUGUUCACCCCAGAAGAUGGAAGUCUAUGAUAUUGAUGUUGCGGGGAUCAUACUGGGAGUGCUGGUGGUGGUGGUAGUGCUUUUAUGUAUAACAGUGGGGAUCUGCUGUGCGUACAAGCGAGGCUACUUCUCCAGCCAAAAACAGACAGGGAACAGUUACAAAGUUCCAGCUAAAGGAGAUGGAGUGGACUACGUCAGGACGGAGGACGAGGGUGAUUUCCGACACAAGUCCUCCUUCGUGAUCUGAAAAGGGAGAGGAUGACGAUGGGCAACGCGCCGAGUAAAAGACAUGAGAUGUGGGACGGCGCUCCACGCUGUCUGACCACGGAGCCGCCACAGUUCAUGCUCUGAACUCUCGGCAUGACCGACAUCCAACUAUUCAAGUUUGCCAAAGGUGACAAGAUUUCACAGGACAACAGUAUGUAAAACUAUUUCACACGUAGGGACUGAAAUACAUUUGUCAACUUUUAUCACCACCAAUGAAUUAUUUUGCUAAAUUAUGGAGUUCUUACUUUACAGUUAUCGCAUGGUUUUAAAAAAAAAAAAAAACAAGGAGUCAAGGUGGAGAAAAUAAAACCUUUCUUUGUUCUGCCAGGUAGAAAAGGAGGAGUCUCUUCCCUCCAGUCAGUCUAUCAUGACAUGUUUCUACUGCAAACAUUUUGCUUCAAACCUUUUGUCAUUUGUAUAACAUUUCUUUUCUACUGUUGAAAUUUGUCAGACUAUUUUUGAUGGAAUAUAUUUUAAAAUGCCUAUAGAUAAAGGUUUACUUUUUUAAAUAUUUGUAAAAUACUAACAUGUGUUUUUUUUUUUGUUUUGUUUUUUUUUUUUUUUUAUUUGGUUGUGGAUAAAAAUAUGUAACACUUUAACCACUUUGCAUCAAGCUGUAAGCAUUUACACCUUUGCAAUCAGAAGAAAGACAAACAUGACUUGUAUUAGCAUAUCAAGAUGUGGUUCUUGAUCAGCGGUCUUACAUAUUUAAUUUUUCCGCUGGGAUCGCCCAGUUUCUGUUGUGAAAGACUUCCAUGUUAAUGUUUGUAGAUAGUCUUAGUAAGAGGCUUUGAAGAGUGCCAGUCAAAUGCUGUGAAACACUGUACACAAUCAGUGCUGCGUUUUCUUGAUUUUAAGUGUCCUUCUAUGCUUGCUGUUAAUCUUGUAUAUAUUGAAUUUACUGUCCAGGAUAGAGUUUUGCUGUCAUACAUACGUUCAGUAUUACAUUAUUAUAAUAAUAAUAUUACAGGGUUUGUAAGUUAACCUUCCAGACCCAAACAAAACUAGAGGAAAACGUGGUCAGUUGUAAAAGCUAGACAUGGUACUAUCAAAUUCCACUUCUAUUCUAAUUCUACAUAGAAACACAUUGGAUCAGGUUGUUUUAACUACUGAGUCACCUAUAUUUAAACAACAAUUACUAAAGGUACCAACAACGCCAGUGAAAAUUCUCAGACAGUUAGAAUGAGGUGGAACUACAUUAACUACAACACACAGUCUCUGACAUGAGUCCUGCUAGAUCUUUGCUGAUGUCCAGUCGGUUAACAAAUAGUUUUUGCUAACGUCUGCACUAAUUAGAGAGUAGACCUCAUCUAACAUUUCUAAUAUUUAGUUUUGACUAAAUGUUUUUAAAAAAAAAAUUUUUUUAAAGGUUUGACUGAAGCUCCUAUUGUACUCAUUGCUCUCAGCAAAGCCCAAACAGACAGAAAAUGACAUUCAGUGGGUUACACACAGCUGGGGUCUGGAGGGUUAACAGUUGUACUGAUUGUAUAUAGAGAUUUGUUAUAGUUUUUUUUUUUUUUUUUUUUUCUUCUGAAGAUUAUGUAAAGUGGUGAAAAAUGUAAAGAAUUCCUAUAUGAGGCGAUAUGAAACUCUUUCCAUUUGUAAGACUGAGAAAAGGUAACUAUCACAUCAUUCAUAACACUUCAACAGGAGCUUCUUGACAGCUGCUCGGCUAAUUCACGCUGAUUCUCCCCUCGUGUCAGUCCUGUUGAGUUAUUGAGAAGAGUUGGGUCUAGACCUGCUCUAUGUGAAAAGUGCCCUGAGAUAACUUCUGGUAUGAUUUGGAGCUAUAUAAAUAAAAUUGAACAGAACAAACAGCUCACUGGUUCACUAUUCUCUUAUUUUUGUCUCUUUCUCAUCAUAUUUUUGAGCUCCAACAAGUGAACCAGAUAAACACAAACAUCUAAUAUGUAUUAGUAUUCAUAUAAGUUGCAAGCAGCUGGAGUGAAUCUCUUGUUCAGGUGUUAUGAAUGGUUUAUAAUCGGCAGGUCUGGUGAAAUGUUAACCGAACAUCAGUCAUUGGUAGAGACGAUCUGCCCGGCAUUUGCACAUAGGAAUUUGUCAACACCGCUCAGUCUUUUUCUAGGUUAACAUGUUGCAUUAAGGAACCGAGAAGAGUAUUAAAAACAUUUCUAAGCGUUCUAUUAUCUCAAUUUAGUUCACAAAUGAAUCAAGUUAUAAGUACAUUGUUAUAAAUACAUUAUAUGGAAGUCAUGCAGCACACAGAUGCAUACAUUUCCCCUUUUCAUUUGUACAAAUUUCAUUCCUCUUAAGUGCCUUCUGCCCUUAAAGUAGACGAGUUUCUCUCUCCCACCUGUACAUUUCUACGAUAUUGUCUGAGGGUUCAUGUUUUGCAUUCGUUUAACCCACGAGCACGGCGUUUGAGAGGAAUGAUGUCACCGCAAAUUUCCACCUCCCUUUCUUUACAUAUCUGCAAAUUUGUAAAUAGCUUCUUCUUUUUUUUUCAUAGAUUUGAAGGUGUAGACAUGUUGAAGUAGUCAUAGAAAUAUAUUAGUGCCUAAAUAUAGUGGGAAUUAUUUUUGGUAAAGACACAUAGCACUAUUAGGCAAAAGAAAAGAUGUGUACCAAAAGCAGGGGGGUCGCUUAUAUGAGCUCUGGUUUCAAAUGAGUUGACUCUGUGUUCAUGGAAGUGUCGUUGCAGCUGAGAUGAAGCUGGAAUUAUUCAGCGUUGUAUAAAACAUCAUGCACAGGUGUCAGCCACACGAGAACAACAAAAAAAAAGGAAUUCAUGUACGGUAGCUACAUGUAGACCUACAUUUACCCCACAGGAAGCCCCUGUGUCGAGUAAUCUGGUGAUGAAGAUGACAUUUACAUCACUGAGAGAUGGUUUCCAGAGUGUUUUGUAUUAGUGGGGCGAGUUAAACCAAGCUAACUCACUAUUGUCUUUCACCUCAAGGAUCCAGCACUGUCAAUCAUUCAUUCUCUGAGGACUGGUGCAUCAUGUAAGAACCUGAUUUUCUCAAUUAAACUCACAUACAGUAGAAUGUCCAUUUAUGGCCUGCUGGGGUUGUUUUUGUUAAUUCUAGAACCACUCUAUUUGUGAUUAAUAAAACUCACUUCUAAUAUUA